AUGCUGAUCCAAGUCGUUGCCCACCGCUCACAGGAAGACGAGCUUCGCAAUGACCACCGUGCAGAGAUAUGGUCUAGGUUACUCUCUGCGGCCUCCAACUCACCACCCUUAGAGAAUAUUGGUCAGCUCAUCUUUGCUGCUGUUAUUAUCUUCGAACACUCUUUCUACAUUUUCGACAAGCGGCACUAUCUUCAGGACAGGAGGAAGUCUGAUUCCUCAUUUCAUGUCACUCUUGAGCAAUACAUGGCAUCUCCGCAUGCAGCUGCUGUCAGGGAAGCUGUGAGUGCUGCCGUCCACACAGAUGAAGAAGCCAUGGCUACUGCUGCCCACUCAGCAAACUCUUGGCAAACAAGCUUCUUGAGGUCAUACCCACCAAACACCGCCAACCUGCGAUAA